AUGUCUGCACCUUCUAAAGACAGCAAAAUCGUCAACUGCCUCUUCUUCGCCAGUCAAGCCGAAGAAGCCGCCAAGUUCUACACUUCCAUCUUUCCGAAUUCCUCCAUUGAUGAAAUCGUUCAUUUCCCAGAGGCAAGCACGAAGAUGCACGGACAGCCAGCUGGUUCGGUCAUGCUCGUUGUGUUCAGCCUCAACGGCCAAUGCUUCACGGCCUUGAACUCCAGACCCGCCGAAGUCAACUUUACCGAGGCAGUCAGCUUCCAAGUCACGUGUGACGAUCAGGAGGAGGUUGAUCAUUACUGGGACAAGUUGAGCGAGGGUGGCGAUGAAACUGUUCAGAUGUGUGGAUGGUUGAAGGACAAGUAUGGUGUGUCAUGGCAAGUUGUUCCCAAGGAUCUCAUGAAGCUUAUGCUCGGAGCUACGCCCGAGAAUCGUUGGAAAGCAAUGCAGGCAUUCGGGAAAAUGCGCAAAAUCGUUCUUCGAGAUGUUCUUGAUGCUGUCGAAGGCAAAAAUGAGAAAGCAGCAGAAACCUGA